AUGACGCCGCAGCUGCAUCGGCUUUUCACUGACUGUGCAGUGGACCCAACAGAGCGUAUCGCGCGCGUGCUACGUGACCAUUCAGAAAGGCUUUUAGCAGCACGAAAGUCGGGUCGAGCUACAACGGAGAAAAGUUGUCCCACCGUGUCAAUGGUGGUGAUUGAGAAUAACGACGACGACGACCAGGAUGGAAACAGUAACGCGUUGUUUUUAUCCGGCGUGGAUGACAGCCUGAAUCGGACAAAAAACUUGACCAUCGUGCUGUUUUAUCAAGUGCUGGAGUCAUUGCUACUAUCAGAGCGCGAGCGACUACGCACGAACGACUUUUCCAAGCUGCUCAACAACGAAGUGUUCCUUGCGGCAUUGUUCGCAUGCAGCGCUGAGGUGGUGCUCAAAGCCCACUCGCUCAUCACGAUCUCGUACCCGUUUUUGCUCAUGCACUUGCGCGUAAACGCUUUUCAUUUCGUGACCACAAGCGAAAGUUUUGUCAAGUACGCACCGAAUCUGCCUUCCGCGUUGAAGAAACACAUGGGUGACGUGAAGAACUGCAUAUUGGACUCACUAGUCUGGAAGUCAGAUUCUGCGCUCUAUCAACUUCUGGCUGGAGCUCGACGCUCUGCCAGCUCUUUCAGUACGGCCGCUUCCCCGAGCACCCAAAGCACGACGGACCAUUCAAACAGGGCUGGUGGUAAUGUUGUUCUGCAUGCGCCUGUCCUUCGUCUCUUUUUUCGGAUGGUGUUUACUUGCGCAGCAUCCAGGAUUUACCAGCUCUGCAAUAUGUUGGGUUUGGAUUCAACGGAUCAAAAUGAGAUCUGGACUGCUGUGAAGGAAUGUAUCACGUCACACCACGACCUUCUGAGAGACCGCCAUCUGGAUCUGAUUGUGUUGUGCAACAUCUACGCCGUGUGCAAAGUAUCGCGCGGCCCUAAUGUUUCUCAGGCGGCGGCGACCAUGUCUUUCAAGCGCUUACUUGCAUGCUACAGACAGCUUACCCGGCAAAUUCCAUCCGGCACCGCGUUAGCAAAUGCAAGUCCGCUUGUUUCGUCGCGCAACAGUGAAGGUGUGACGCACGGCAUCAUCCUCGACACCAAAGGUUCCCGUGGAGACAUUAUCAAGUUUUACAACCGGUAUUACAUCACAGCCAUGAAGAGCUUCAUACUGCAGUUUCAAUUCCAGGAGUCACAAAUGGCGGCAGCUGAUGCGGUCGUCGCUGAGGCCUCGCAACGGCCCCAGGUACUGACGCCAGGGUUCUCUGCUAGCAAUUGUAACAUGGGCUUAGCGGGGUCUACUUCAGAUGCAGAAUGUAUUGCACGAGCUGCAUCGGAAGCUGUUCAAAAGCUCUUUCAAAGUCAUGGCAACUCCACCAAUAUCCAUGUCCAAAGCAGCGUACCUCCGAGCACACCGCCACAUUCCGUUCGCAGCGGUAGGCGAUCAUCGUCUUUUGCUUCGUCGCCAGCCGUAUCAGCACUGCAGAUGUUCACUUCAGCCGAAGUGCAAACGCUGCCUGUAUCCAUGAACCAGACAUCGCCGAAGCGCGUCGAGUGCUCAAACGUGUACAUGUCACCAUUGCAACAAGUACGACUGGAUCGCCGCUCGCAGCUGACGCCACGUUCCCACGCUCUGUACGCGAUCGGCGAAAGCCCUGCGCGGGACCUCGCUUUAAUCAACCGCGCAGUGAACACAGUACCUGCUAAUCUGCGCCGGGCGCAUGCCCCCAAACUCGUAAUGGACAGCGACACCGAACAACGCGACAUGAGCACCAGCCGUCGUAUCAAUCCUGUCCGCAAGAAACAGAAGACAGCGUCGUAG